UUGGUAGUUUUGCACCCCUCUCUAGUGGAGCGCGUUUUUCUCUCUGGAAAUCGAUUUUGUUUGAUAUGAUGGCGUUGUUUUGGCGCUACGUUACCGCCAACCCCCCACAUAUCAUUACCUUUCUUCAAGGACGUUCGUUGAACGUCCUUGCUUUCUUAUACCGUCAUAACAUCACCACCUUACAAUGCACCUGUUCUAUGAGAGAUUGCGCUGACCCUACUUUCCCCCAGCAUGCCUUGCGUGUGGUACCGUUAACCUUUAACCCCACACAACGGUCCUAGUGCGGAAGUGCAGCAGCAGCCAGCAGCUGGAUCUCUGUGUUUAGUUCACACAUCACGUUCACAAGAGCCAUACUUCAGUACAGCCUACCUCCAUCAGUAGGCUACACAAGAGAUGUGGUCAUGGCAGAGAAGCUGGCUGGGUGGGACGCUGUUUGCUUCCUGAUGUUCUUCUCAUCCUUCUUCGGUACCAUCUACAUCCUGACCCCAAUGCUCCCGCUGAUGUUGAUACGACCCAAGUGGUACCGUGCAGUCGUGGACCAGUUCAUCGCAUGGUGGGAGACAUUUCCAGUGGCUCUUCUAGAGCUUGUGUAUGGUGUUAGGGUUCGUCUGACAGGCGACGUGAUCCGGCCGGGGGAGCGCACACUCAUCAUCAUGAACCACAGGUCACGUCUGGACUGGAUGUUCCUCUGGGCUUGUCUACUGCGCAGGGGUCAUCUGUCCAAGGAGAAAAUCAUCCUCAAGACAUCGCUUAAGAAUAUCCCAGGUCCAGGUUGGGCCAUGCAGGUGGGCUGUUUCCUCUUCAUCAAGAGACGAUGGGAUGAGGAUGAAAAAAUCUUUAAGAGGAUGCUGAACUACCUGACAUCCAUCAGACAUGCAACCCAGCUGCUGCUCUUCCCAGAAGGCACAGACUUGACUGAAUACACACGCAAACGUAGCAAUGACUAUGCAAAAGAGUAUAACCUUCCGAAGUACAACUAUGUCCUCCAUCCAAGAACAACAGGAUUCGUCUACAUUGUGGAAAAACUCAGAAAAGCCAAACAACUUGAUUCCAUCCAUGACAUCACUGUCGGCUACCCAGCCGGGGUCCUGCAAAAUGAGAUGGACCUGUUUGCAGGCCGUUUCCCAAAGGAGGUUCACUUCCACAUCCGCCGGCACCCCCUGCGCACCCUUCCCAACACCACAGGCCAGCUGGAGCUCUGGUGCACCACCCGGUGGGCAGAAAAGGAACUGCAGCUCAAGGAAUUCUACCAGAGGAAGCGGUUCAAGGACUUGAAUCUUGUGGAUGGACGAAAGUCAGCGAACCACCUGCGGAAGGAGCAGGUCAAGGCCAUCCUCUGGCUCUCCAUCCUCUUCUGGGGCAACUUUGUGGUGAUGAUGCUGUACCUCAUGGUCACCAACUUUUUCAUCCUCAAAAUGACCAUCAUCAUUGCUGUCUUCUACAUUAUCGAAGGUCUCAUCUUUGGUGGGGUGGAAGACAUGGAGAUCAAGCUACAUAAUGCAGUCUGGGGGAAACUGCCAUGGAAGUGAUAUGAGUGCUUUCAGGGCAGUGUAAAUAUUAUAGUAGCAAGGACUGACCUCUAGUAGAAGAACUAUUUCCUUCAUCUGAUGCUGGUGAAAGAACAAAUAAACACAAAUGUUUACUGGCUGAUAGAAAUCAUUUGUCACCCAGGCUAGAAAACUCUAUGAUAUUUCUAUAUUGUGGACAGUUGGCAGAAAAAAAAGUGUAGACACAAAUGUCUUUUACUUUGUAAUUGCAUCACAUGGAAUUAUAAGUACAAAUACCAACAAAUAUGUCUUAUGGAAUAAGCUAACGAGAGCUAACACUUGAUUGCAAGCAAGAAGACACAAACAUGUUGUGAUUUGUUUUGCAAAGGAUAGUAGAGUGCAGUAUUGUGUUAGUAUGUGAUAAAUAUUUCUGUGAAAUAAUGAUGCAGUAUCACUUUAUUCAGAGAAAUACCCUGCAGGCAGCUUUUAUUUUAGACAAUAUUGUAUAACAUUAAAGAAAAAAUUCUAUCUCCAAAAAUUUAGAUUUGUUAUGAAUUCUUAUGCUACUUCACUACAGUCAAAGAUAUUCAUCACCUUUCCAUUGGCAUGUACAUGUAUUUGUGUUUGUAUAUGUUGCCAAAGAUUUGUGUCUCCCUACAAAAUUGCAGUAAUUGUACAAUGUAAGGGCUGUGCAAAUAGUGAAAAUAAGAGUGUGAUUAGUAAGCCCAAAGUUCAAAUCAUAGGCUCUGUAAAGAACUGUUAAGAAUAUCUAGAAUUCUUUGUGAUUCUUCUAAUGCCCAUAGAUUCCAUGUAUUGAAUAUUAAGUCAGUAAUGCAAGAGUUAAAUGUGGUAUUUACAUUAUGUACUAGGUAUUUGAUAAUUUGAUUAUAAACUAGAAAGGCCGACAUUUGCUUGGGAGCAAAUGCAGCAGAUGGCUUCACCACAU